GCUGCAUUGAACCGUUGUCUUCAUACUUUUACAAGAAAAAUUCAACUGUUAUACGUAUUAUCUCCCAAACAGCAGAGAUGUCAACGCCACUAUCAAAGCCUCAGAUUAUUGCGCACAUUCAGAAGAGUUUAAAUUACACCGUUUUUGACAGUAAAUGGAUUCCGUGCAGCGCAAAGUUUGUCUGCCUGGGCAACUUUCCUAGAGGAACCGGAGUAAUGCAAGUCUAUGAAGUGCAGCACGGAGAGGCUCAUCUUAUCAAGGAGGUAGAGAAACCUAAACCCAUAAAGUGUGGGACAUUUGGGGCCACCUCUCUUCAACAAAGACACAUAGCAACUGGGGAUUUUGACGGAAAUCUCAGUAUAUGGAAUCUGGAGAUGCCUGAUGUGCCAGUCUACACUGUAAAGGCCCACAAAGAGAUUGUGAAUAGCAUAGAUGGUGUUGGCGGCCUGGGAAUAGGCGAUGGCGCACCUGAGAUAGUCACUGGAAGUAGAGACGGAACAGUAAAGGUGUGGGAUCCCAGACAGAAAGAUUCACCUGUAGCCAACAUGGAGCCCGUGGAAGGAGAAACCAAGAGAGACUGCUGGACUGUUGCAUUUGGUCAUGCCUUCAAUGAUCAGGACCGCUGUGUGUGUGCUGGCUAUGACAACGGGGACAUCAAACUCUUUGACCUGCGGAACAUGUCUCUACGGUGGGAAACCAACAUUAAAAAUGGGGUUUGCUGUGUGGAGUUUGACAGGAAAGACAUCAACAUGAACAAGCUGGUGGCCACCUCACUGGAGGGAAAAUUCCACGUCUUUGACAUGAGGACCCAGCACCUCACCAAGGGCUUCGCCUCUGUUUCCGAAAAGGCUCAUAAGUCAACCAUCUGGCAGGUGAGGCAUUUGCCUCAAAACAGAGACAUCUUUAUGACGGCAGGGGGAGCAGGUAACUUACAUCUAUGGAAAUAUGAGUAUCCCGCUAAGAGAAGCAAAAAGGACUCGGAUGGCGCGGAUGUGGGCGUAGCUGGCUCUGUCAGCCUCUUACAGAACGUCACUCUGUCCACUCAGCCCAUCGCCAGCCUGGACUGGAGCCCCGACAAGCAGGGCCUGUGCGUGUGUUCGGGCUUUGACCAGUCUGUCCGCGUGCUCAUUGUCACCAAACUCAACGUGGUGUGAAAAAGCAGACGGAUGAUGAGGAUCUGUGCAGCCUGGAAUGAGACACACCAGUAGCGGGUACAUCACUGCCCUUUUUAGAGGCUGAAUUGUCUUUAAUUAGAAGACAACAGUUUUCUACUGCAGGUUUUGGAGGCUGUCUAUCAAGAUUUUGUACAAUUGAUACUCAUCUUUAGACUUAUUUUGUCAGAAACCAUUUAACUCAAAUGAAGUUGGAAAUACUUUGCUGGGGUUGUGUUGUAUUGUCUCUCUUAAAGACUAUCCCUGAAAAAUGUGUACUGCUUGGCUGAGCCCUGCAGGCUGUGUGCAGAGAAAUACCCCUGUAACACAAUGAUACAUUUCCCGUAUCAUUGAGAAGCUUCUCUGGGGUGAAGAAAUGAUCCCAUUUCCCCUGGCCUGGAACACUUGGGGGAUCAAGAUUCCAUUUGUUAAUGUAUUUUCAUUUUGAACACCUGUCUUUUGUUGCAAUACUGGUGAACAUUGUUGUACUCCAGGUUUGUCUGUUGUUAAAGUCACUUUUGAUAUGUUUUUUUUUAUUAU